AUAUUGUAUUACGACCAGCGACGAGGCAGGGCGCUCACUUAUCUUCGUGCGUUUUCUGCUGGCCAUCGAGAGGGGCCACGUCACACUCACACCACCGAGUCGUCAGACUUAUCGUGGGUGAUAAGCAAAACCGGUGCUCAGUCCGUUGAUUGCGGCAUUAUCGCGCCCCCUUUUUUUUAUCUCAUCAUUACCAUCGUCACCAUCCCCACCCGAGGUAGCCCGAGGCCCCUAGGGCCCACCUGUUAGUGUACGGUCAGUGUACGGGCAUGUGUCACUGCUACCGUCGAAAGGUGUGCAAGCGUGUAAAUGGCAACCGAAGACCACGAAGAGAACCCGUUCGUGGAAGCGCUCCAAUCCGCCGCACUCAGCGAGCUGCUGCAGGACGAUGAGAAACGGUCGCUCGCCCAACAGUUCCAGGACAGUCUGCGCACCCUGUCCGACAUGUUUGCGAACCUGUCGGACGAGGAGAAGCGCCAGUUUGCGAAAGAUUUUAAGGGCAAGUUUGUGAGGUCACUGUCCCAGCUGAACGAAUUUUCCAAGCAGAAAAGGGUCGUACAAAGUACGCUCGCGAAUGGUGGUGAUGAGCGGGAAGCGGGCGGGCUAGACUCGUUGGCCAGCAAACUGCCCGGUGCGGGUAUACUCUGGACGGAACAGUUUGAACCGACCCCGUUCGGGUAUGGGAUGUUGGCAGGUUUGGUGGCGCUGGUCGUUGCAUUCUUCGGCUACAAGCUGUACCUAUCGCUCACGGAGAAGGAACGCAAGCGCGAGGAAAAGCUAAAGGCCAAGCAGGAAAAGGGCAAAAAGAAGAAAUGAUUCCCUGCCGCUAGCAGUAUCACACCCGGUACCGGCGGCACCGGCGAACGCUCGUCGCGUCGAACUCACAGCCGGCAGCAGCAGCAGCCGGAGUCGCCAGUACAGCACAAACAUUCCAGAGGAAAAAGACUUGGCAAGGCCUAGCGAAUCCAUACCAGCUAAUAAAUCCCCAUCGCGCUCGCUCUAACCGAGGCGUAAGACAGACAAAUAGAAAGAGAGAGAGAGAGAGAGAGAGUGAAAAUGUGAGGAAAACGUAGAACGCGCGCUAUAUUUAUCGACUACAACCAGAUAUGUAUAUUUACUCCGAUAUGUGGCUCUAGCAUCCUGGAAAAAACCCAGUCCGGAAUUCCACCCUGUAUCCUCUUCCUCUCGUACACCACGGUUCGUCGUGCAGUGCAGUAGUAGUAGCAGCAGCUAGCAGUGUGUUCAUCCUUCCUUACAAUACCCGAAGCCCAAAGGCGUAACACGUGGCAGGGUAGACAUGAUGAUUGUGUUGCCAAAUCCAGAUACAGACCAUUCCGUUCCGUUACCUAUUGUUGUUCCUCGACCCCCGCACAUCAAGUCAAUAACUGCAGUAGUAGUGGUGGUAGUAACGGCUUUCUUAUACCCUGUUAGAGUAAAACAGCGGCCCGGCGGAACAAUUACGAUAUUUCAAUUAGCAAAUCAGCCCAAUCAAUUCCCGACAGCGAGUAGGUACGACAGGAAGAAACAGCCACGUUUACAAGCUAACAAGCCGUUCAGAGAGAAGGGUUUAUUUUCUCGUUUAUGUGCAAGAUAACGUAUAUUUUAUAGAGCGGAAGACGAACGACGAUAAUCACUAUGUUUAUAUUGGAGGAAAUAUAAAUAAUGUUUCAAUCAAAGCUA